CAGUAUUUGAGUGUUGCUGCAUCAAUCCUUGCUCUCACUUUCUUCCUUCCAAGUCAGGCUCAACAUGGCUCUGUGGACAUUAGUCCUCCUUGACCCAAUCUCAGUUUUCUUGCUGCUUGCGCUGAUCUUCCUAACGACAUUCUGGUUUCUGAGCAGCAGCCAUGGGAAAUCACCUCUGCCCCUGCCUCCAGGUCCUCGUCCACUCCCAGUCAUUGGCAAUUUGCAUUUGAUAGAUAUCAAAAGACAAGAUUUAUCAUAUAUGAAGCUUUCAGAAAAAUAUGGCCCCGUCUUCACGGUCCAUUUAGGUUUCCAGAGGUUUUUGGUGCUGACUGGCUACGAGGCUGUGAAAGAGGCGCUUACGAGCAAAGGCAAUGAAUUCAUAAACAGGCCUCCACUCCCAAUAUUCCGGCAGAUGCAGAAUGGGCACGGUAUAAUUUUUGCUGAUGGGGAACUUUGGAAAGCCACACGUCAAUUCAGCUUGUCGAGCUUGCGGGAUCUCGGGAUGGGCAAAAAACGGAUAGAAGGAAAGAUUCAAGAAGAGCUGCCAUUCCUGAUUGAGCUGAUCGAGUCUUUUAAAGGUGAACCUUUUCCACUAAAGAAAUUAAAUUUAGCUCCAGCAAACGUCACCUAUGGCAUGGUGUUUGGAGACAGGUUUGACUAUGCCGACGAGACUUUUCUCAGUCUGUUAAAACACAUUAAUGAUGUGGUGGUCCUCCUGGGAGAACCACAGCUGCAGCUAUAUAAUGUCUACCCGUUCCUUGGAUUCCUUUUAAAACCCCACAAGAUGAUCUUGGACACAAUGGAAAAGACCCGUGUCAUUCUGAGGGAAUACCUUGCAGCAGGCAAGCAGCGUAUCAAUGAGAACCUCUUACAAAACUACUACGACUAUAUGCUAACCAAGCAACAGUCAGAGGAAAGGAGCAAAGACGGGAACUUAUUCCAUGAUGCCAACAUUGUGGCAGCAGUCUUUGACCUGGUCCUAGCUGGGACAGAGACCACAGGCACCACACUGCAGUGGGCAUUCCUGCUGAUGAUGAAAUACCCCAAUAUUCAACGGCAGGCACGAGAGGAAAUCGAAAGGGUCAUUGGGCUGGAACGUCUGCCCACCUCUGAAGACAGGAAGCAGAUGCCCUUCGUCAACGCCAUCGUCCACGAGGUGCAGAGGUUUGCCAGUAUCCUGCAGCAGUUCCCGCGAUGCACCGCUGUGGACACUUGCUUCCGCGGCUACUUCAUUCUCAAGGGCACACCCGUGAUCCCCUCUCUCACCUCCGUGCUGUAUGACAAGACCCAGUGGGAAACGCCCACCCAGUUUAACCCCAACCACUUUCUGGAUGCCGAGGGGAACUUUGUGAUGAGGGACGCCUUUUUGCCCUUCACUAUAGGCCGUAGGAAUUGUCCCGGAGAAAGCCUGGCCAAGAUGAAGAUCUUCUUGUUCUUUGUUGGGUUGCUCCAAAGGUUUACGUUUCGUCCUCCUCCUGGAACAACCAUUUCAGAUUUGGACCUCACCCCUGAAGUCACCUUCACACUGAGGCCCCAAGCUUACUCUACCUGUGCUGUGCACUAAAAGGAGAACAGCUUGUCCCA